AUGAAAAUUAUCAUAAUUUUAGUUUUGCUUUUAAGCAUAAAUGCCUACAUGCUUAGAAACAAAAAAGAUUAGGUCAAAACUCAUGUGAUUUAAUAAAUUAGAGAAACUAUCAAAAAUCCAUAUUCGCCAUUGUACCACUCAUCAUAUAAUCGUUUGGCUUAUUAUGUGGACACAUAUGGUCCUAGAAUGUGGGGUUCUGAAGAUAUGGCUGAUUCAGUAGAUGCUCUGGUGCAAGAGAUAUAAAAUUAUGGAUUUGACAAGGUUUGGAAAGAGAAUUUGGGAGAAAUCACAUCUUGGAAAAGAGGUGAAGAAAGUGUGACUUUAUAUGAGCCAAGAUAGUACCCUUAGAAAUUAAAUAUGAUUGGUUUGGGAUGGACUCCAGCAGGAACUGUGAAAGCAGAGGUUGAAGUUGUUCAUUCGUUCGAAGAAUUACAAACUAAAGAUGUUAAAGGAAAGAUCGUAUGUUUUAACUAUGAGUGGAAAGGAUACUCUGCUGGGGUAAAAUUUAGAACAAAUGGACCCAAGUUGGCAGAAGAUGCAGGAGCUGUAGGAACAAUUCUAAGAAGUGUUGCAAGUGUCUCGAUUUCGUCACCACAUACGGGAAUGACAAAUUAUCAAAAUAUCAAAUAUCCAGCUGUUGCAAUCACAGUUGAAGAUGCAGAUAUGAUAGAUAGAAUGAGAUAGAGAGGCUAGAAAGUUGUGAUUGAGAUUAAGACUGGUGGAUAAUAAUAUAAAACCACAAGUGAUAAUAUAUUGGCAGAAAUCAAAGGAUCAAAAUAUCCAGAUGAAAUCGUAUUAAUGGGUGGUCAUUGGGAUUCAUGGGAUGUGGGAUCUUAGACAGGUGCUAAUGAUGAUGGAGCUGGAGUAUUAGAGUGUCUAGAGGCUUUGAAAGUGUUGAAACAUUUAGGUAUUAAACCUAAGAGAACCAUCAGAUUCAUCGCUUGGAGUGGAGAAGAAAUGGGUAUGGCUAAUGAUGGUGCUUAACAUUAUGCAAAGACUCAUUCUUAAGAAAACCAUGUAGUUGCAUUUGAAUCAGAUCUUGGAUCUACUAAACCAUAUGGUUUUGGUGUCACAGGAGGAGAAAGAUUCACACAACUUAUCACUUAUUUGGCCUAAGAAUAUUUGACUGAAAUAGGAGCUGAGUAGAUACUACCCAAUGCAGGAAGUUAAGCUGAUAGUGCGGCUUUAAGGGCUGCUACAGGAACUCCAAUUAUGAACAAUAAAAUAGAAGAUAAUGAGACCCAUGAUUUCUAUUUUGCAUAUCAUCAUACUGCUGGAGACUCCAUGUGGAUGAUGAAUGCCGAUGAUAUGGAUGAUAAUGUCAUUGCCAUUGCUAGUAUGAUGUAUUUGAUUGCUGAUCAUGAUGAUCCUAUCCCCAAAAAUUGAUCAAAUUUAUGUAAUUUUUAAUCCUAAUAUUUUAUUAUUUUUAUUA